AUGCUUACAGAUAUAGCCAACAACGUUUUGUUACUGACUGCCCUUCCGGUAUGCCUGGCACAAUUUACAAUUCAGGGAGCCAGCGACGGGAAUCGGGUAUCUCAAGGUCUUAAGUAUAGUGAGGAGAAAGGGAUUGAAUAUACUGACCAGAGUGAAUCUUUAGGUGCAGGAGAUUUUACUAUCCAAGGAGCAACAGAUGGUAAUUCGAAUUUUAGAAUCCAAGGGGCAACCGAUGGACACUCGAAUUUCCAAAUCCAAGGACCAUCUCAAGGUGCAAUUUCGACGUUCAACGUUCAACCACCUACAGAUGGACACAGUCAGUCAGUUAUUAGAGGACCAUAUGAUGCUAAUCAGGCUGCACAAUCUAAAUCCCUUCAGUAUAACGAUCCCAGUGGAUUGAGAGUAAAUUGGAAAUCGUAUGGACACGACCGACAACCAAGAUUACGUCAACCACAAGCAGAACCUCAUUAUGCUGAACAAACAGCAUUGGCAUCACCCCAACGAUCAGCACCACCACCACCACCACCCCCACAACACCAUGCUCCAGUUCACCCACCAAUUAACCAACCAUCUUACAGACCCUACAAUGAUGCACCAGCUCAGAUUAAACAAUUGCUUCAAUUCCAGGCACAAAUUCCAUACGUCAAUGCAAUUCCUGAACAAUUCAGAUACGAUCAUUUGGCAGCUGCACAAGCCCAAGCACAGCAAGUUCAAUCCAGUUAUCAACAGGAACAAUCACCAAGACCAGAAUAUCGUGGAUCGAAACCCCGUGGACCACCCAGACACCGAAGACAAGCACCUCAACAACAUCCACAUGCUCGUCAACAACAACAACAACAACAGCAACCACAAUAUCAAAGAUUAUCUCAACCACCAGUAGAACCUACUCCCCAAUACUCAACCAAUUUACCGAAUAAUUUGCAAGCCCUUUUAAAGUAUCAAGCACAAAUACCUUACAACAUUAUUGCAAAUCAAAUCAGAUACGUACCCGAUAAACCUUACGUACCGCAACCGAUUCAACAUCAGCAGCAACAACAACAACCCAGUGCUCCACCCCAAGCUGCUGAAUAUCAAGGCCAAGGUGAUGCCUAUCAAGGUCAAGCUAGCACGUACACCCAAGCACACUUAAACCCAUAUCAGGGAUACCCUCAAGAACAAUCUGGCUAUAAUCAGGGACAAGGAGUUCGUCCUGUUACUGAAAAUCAAUACUGA